GAGGCCGCAGCUUCCUCCAUGACGGUCUACGUCCUCGACCCUUGGUAUCCCAAGGCCAUCGCCCGCGCCCGGAAGCUCUUCUCCAAGGUCAUCCUGCACACCGACCCCGAUUUUGCCGGCUGGCAGCAGAAGGCCCGCGCCAUCCUCGUCCGUGGCUCGUCCAUCACCGCCUUCGACGUCGCCAAGUGCCCGAACCUGGUGGCCAUCGGCAAGCACGGCGUCGGCAUCGAGAAGAUCGACCAGGCAGCCUGCGCUGAGCGGAACAUCAAGAUUCUCAACACGCCCGGCGCCAACGCCCAGGCCGUGGCCGAGGUCGUGGUCGCCCUGGCUCUCUCCGUCGCGCGAAACAUCCCGGCAAUCUACACCCGGCAGGUCGCGGGCGGCGAGGCCGUGCACAAGCAGACGUGCUCAGGGCUGACGCUGCACCGCAAGACGGUCGGCGUGGUCGGGAUGGGCAACAUUGGGCGCUGUGUCGCGAGGAUCCUGCAGCGCGGGUUUGACGCCGAGAUUGUCGCGUAUGACCCUUACAUGCCAGCAUCCGCGAGCACGGAUGGCCCCUGGAGCGAGAUACCGCACCGCAGAGUGGACAGCGUGGCCGAGAUGCUGGGCAUUGUGGACGUGCUGACCGUGCACGUGCCGCUAACGGCCGAGACACGGGACAUGAUUGCAUACCAGGAGCUGUGCAGCAUGAAGAGCACGGCGAUCGUGCUCAACGGUUCACGGGGCGGCAUCGUCAACGAGGACGACCUCGAGAGGGCGCUACGGGAAGGCAAGAUCUGGGGCGCCGGGCUCGAUGCCCAUGAGCAGGAGCCCCCGACGCGCGAGAGAUAUGGCAAGUUGUGGGAGUUGCCAAAUGUCGUAAGCACGCCGCAUAUUGGUGCUGCGACCGAGGAUGCACAGCUGGCCUCUGCGAUUGGGGCAGUGGAUAACUUGUACAAUUACCUGGUCACUUUGUAGACGGUAGGGGUAGCCUGCAUGCACAUGAUAGCGAAUACAUGAAUCGAG